AUUUUAACAACUUCCGUCUACUCCAAUUUAUACCCUCGUUUUGUAUUUCAUACAUGAUAGAGCAAGGCCUUCUGGUUCAAAUUACACCAAAAUCAGCUUUGUUGCAAGACCCAUUUGUCAAUCCCCUUUUUUAGCUUAGAAAAAAAUAAUGUUUUUUAACUAUAGCUGUUCGCCUUAUGACCUUCGCGGGUCGCUUGAUAUCGGAACAGACAUCGGUUUGGGCACCGCCCACUUUCGCCGUCUCGGUCAACGAACGUUUGAAUCUGGCAGUCGAGUGUCGAGUCGGCAGUCUUCGCUUCGUACUUGCACUGACAAGAGUGAAUAGAGCGUAAAUCGAAAGUAGGUUUCAGGCCAGAACAUCGAACAAGUUUUAGACUGAAGCAGCAAGGACCAGGAGGGAAUAGACCUUGUAUUCCGAAUUCACUAGAGUUCUGAGUUAACAAAGUAACUGUAGAUUACAUUCUGUUCUAGCUUGUUAGCCCACGCCUAGAUUCAACAUAAAAAAAGCCCUGCGCGUACCAACAACACUCAAAACCAUGUUGCCAGUUCAGAAAAUGCCCCUUCACCAGCCACCUUUGGAGGAAGUUGCCGAAGUUUUACAGAAAGGGCUCGCAAAUAAUUUCAGCACUGCAGAGGUGAAGGUUGUGGACUGCCCUGAUCUCACAGCUGCUCCGUUUGAUCUUGCGGAAAAAGGUUUAUCGGGUCGCCCUAGGAUUCUGGAUGUCGGUGGUCCUGACUACUUGAAACCUUUUCCCCAGAAAGAAAAAAAAUAUUCCUUUGCUGAUGUGUCGAACCUGGGAGAAUUACCGGGGUCCUUCCUGAUCGGGGCUGGAGCGGGCCCCUGUCACCACACGGGAACCAAUUGUGAGCUCAUCUGUAACGUGCAGCUGGGGGAAGGGGGCAGCAACAAGUCAAGAAUUGUCAAGGUCAACGAAGGGGAUGGCUCGUACACCAUAAUGGAAGAGAAAUCUGGGGAGUUCAGCCUUCUUGGAAACUUCUUUUUGUCGCAAGGGAAACCAGGAAAGGUCUUGGAGCUCAAGGUGAAAGACCGCACUGGUCCCGAGAAUUUUGUUUCUUGUGUGCGGAAAACUCUGGCGGCUCAUUACGGAGACAAAACAGUUGGUGUCGGGGGGACGUUCUUGCUGCAGACGGGAAAAGCCAACAUCCACGUUAUGCCUGACUUUAGCAAAACAGCCCUAGAAACAGACGAGCAAUCUGACAACUGGCUGAAGUUUUACGAGAUGGAUGCUCCGCUGAUUCACGUCGGAGAGAUUGUGUCUGGCGACCCUGAGAAACUGCACUUGCGCUGUGAGCACUUCCACUGCUUCAGUCACCACGGGCAGGGCGGUCACUACCACUACGACACCACCCCAAACUCCGCCUCCUACCUGGGGUACCUCAACCUGGCUGAGGCUGUCUACAGGAUAGAUAUACCGCAGGAAAAGAAGUAUUUAUUCUGAGCAACGGUUUAUUUUACUUUUGUCAUGAACUUAUCAAAACCCAUGUCUGAUAUGUUAUGAAGGGGCUCUGUUGUUUUGCCUUUUUUGAAAAAUGCCAAAAAUCGCGGCCGCGACAAACGCAGAUGCUAGAUAUUAGACUGAAUUUUUAAAUGAUAACUUUGCCAAAGUUUCUGUUGCUGGUAAUUCACAGGAAAGAAGAUACAUUUUCUAUCAUAUCAGAGUGUUUUGCUUGACUGAAAGAGGCUGGUCUGGUCAGGUCUCUUUUACGUCACUCUUUGUGAUUUCCUUUUGUCUCUGAUUUUGUUUUGUUUUUUUAAACAAUAUUUUUCCCUACUCUAUUAUCUGGUGCAAAAAUCGACUAUGAGAAUUACGGGCUCGACUUAAAAUGUUACAGUACCGUAUGAUCUGGGAGAUUCCUUGUCCAUUUACUGCUGGACAACUUCCAAAGUAUGCAAUCUUCGUCUUUCAAAGUUCAUAGCUCAUCAGAAAUACCUCCCUGUUGAUUAUAAAUGUAAUAGCUUUUAGGAAAAGAAUAAAAGUAUUCAGUUUUGGGACUUAUCUUAAGUGCUUUCUACUGACAUUCUAUGUUCUGUAAUGUAUAAAUAGCCUACUAGCCGCAAACAGAAACCUGUGAAUAGAAUCUUUUAUUACACCUGUUAAUGUCAUGUUGUAAUGUGCUCAGGUCGCGGUCUGCAUCAAGGACAGUAAGCUGACAAAACGCUUUUUUUUUUUCAUUUUUGGCGCGAAAUUUGUUUAUUUGCUCAAUCGAAAGCCUAAUCGGUUACCCUGCUUGUGUGACUCAAGAGGCUAGCCCAAGAUAGAGAAAAGUGGAGGGUGUUUGUCCUCGGCCUAUACCCUGGUGCAGGGUGAGAAAGGCAAUGAUGAUGAUGACUUGUGUGAAACGAUCAAAGCGAAACUGCCACUAGUUUUUGAAUAAAUUAGAAAUCGAAUUCCUGAAGAACGCAUUUUUAAAAUGGUUACAUGACAAGAAACUUCUUUAUUUCGAAACUGCUGGGAAUUAAUUUUU